AUGAGAGAAAAUACGACAAAAAAAAAGUCCCUUGUUUUCACUUUAUUUCUUCUCACGAAUCAGACUUUAUUACAUUUUAGCGACUGCCAGCUUAUAGACAUUCGAAACUCGCUUAUACGAAAACAUGGAAAAUUGAAAACCGAGAACUCUCCGCAAGAGCAAGUAAAGUUAUUUCAAGAGGAAUUAGGGUACGUCUCAUUUUUGCAUGCAUCUCACGAAAUCAAACGCAGAAAGGAGAGAGAUGUCCCACACAGGCGCUAUCUCCACAAAAGAGGAAGCAAUGUUCACAGUGGAGUAAGGGCUGAAAUUGCUCGAGCCCUUGCACAUCACAUCGAAGGUAUGGAACCUAACUUUAAGUCAGCGUCAUUCCAGCAACUCUGGAGUGAACUGAAAGCGCCACUUACUGUUGUAAUGAGACCAAGGAAAGUAGAGGAACUUUUAACAGACCUAGAGAAAUGUCACUUGGGGAACACCCUGCAUGGUUAUGAAAUUCCAUCAGAUUUGGAUGGUAUUAAAAGAGACUUGGUUAUUUGCAAAAUCUACGAAACACUGGAGAAGAAUGCUGAAACCUCUUCUGGUGAAAAGUCCAACGACAACAAGCGUGAAUACGCCCAUAUUCGGAAUCUCCUCAAGCAGCCGCUAACCAGUUGUUUUAAGGUCGCAGAGCUGUCGUCGUUGAUGAAUGAGUUGGCGCAGUGUUUACCGCGGUUUGAGUUGGCUGGAAUAAAUUACCAGGUCCCAAGCAAGAUGUCUGAGGUGAAGAGAGAUGUGGUCAUUUGUAAAGUUGAUGAAGUAUUUAAUAAAACCGAUGACAAUGACUCGUCAGGAAGUGGAAGAGAGGUUUAAUUCAAUCCCGCCCCGAAGAAUAAAUGAUAUGCAAUUUCACGCCCUAAAACAUCGAAUAAUACUUUAUGGACGUUUAAGUUAUACCAAUGCACUAAAGAGUUAUCCUCACAGCUGCAAGUCGUA